AUGGGGAAGAGUGGCUGCCUGUUUGUGGUGGUGGUGGUGGUGGUGAUGGUGGAUUAUACUUACAUGGUUUCAGCGAUACCUGAUGAUGAAUGCCCUGAUGCAUACCCAGCCCGGGAGAACUGUGAGUUUGAUGAAGUGUGUGAGGACGCCAGCUGUAAAUACAAUCAGUACGUGACCUGCCACCUCAAUCGGUGUGGGACCUGCGAGGCUGUGUUCCGUGGUUAUGAUAACCUGACAGUGAGCUGCAAUCAGCUGACGCCGAAAUGCCGGCUAUUGCACCUGGAGAUGCUUCACAAGAGCCGAACAGCCAGCAGGCAGCCGGGGGGUAGGAGAGUGGACGAUCUGUACGACCCCGAGUGUGAGAAGAACGGCACCUUCAAGGCCAAGCAGUGUGAUGACGACUCCAAUCUCUGCUGGUGUGUGGACAGUGCGGGGGUCAGGGUCACUGACAAGACUGGGGAUGAUCCCAAAUGUGACCAGCUCGUUCGUGUCCAUCUCAUUCAGAUUGAUUUCAGUUUUAAAGUGGAGUUUGUCUUUCUGAAGAUGAAGGAAGAAGCACUCCGUAGGAAGGUGGCCAUUAAGCUGGUGAAAGAGUACACGCUAAAGGCAACCCAGAUCCUGGAGAUCAAGGUCCAUGAGAUAUCCCGAGAAAUCUGCAUCCGGCUUGGUGAAAACGGCACAAAAGACCCGACCGACAUCUCCACUGUGGCCUAUUACAUCGAGAGAGAUUUAAAGAUGAACAAAUUCACCCUGGAAGUGGACGGAAAGAGCCUGCAGGUCGAGAGGGAGUCAGUGCAAGUUUGGUUCUUUGACAAUGAGCCUCCUCGGAUCAACAUGAAGACCAUUUCACCUGGUUUUGCUGCCAUCAUCAUCAUCAUCGCACUGGCUAUCCUAACUGGGAUUGCAGUGUUUGUUGUUGUCAGAAGGAGAGCAAAAGAGGACAGACAGAGAAUCCAGUUUGAAGUGAUUGAGGGACAGGAAAUGGAGGAACAUCACCUUGCUCAGAGGAUGGCUGUAGCGCGUUAA